AUGGCCGACCUCCGAUUUGACCCCAACAACAUGAACAAUCUCCGCGAAGCGAUACACCGGGGCUACAUAUGCCGGAUCUCUCGCUUUCUUGAUGCCCAUGGAAUCCCUAACGUGCUCUGGUCGGAGCUUGUGAUGAAUAUGUUUCUCUUUCCCGUCGUGGCAGACGGCAUUCGCGUCGUCAUCCCCGAUGAACAUAUCGAGAAAGCACGCGACCUCCUGCUAGCAGCCGGCUUCCCCCCCUGCCAGAUGGGGAACUACUGCCCCUUGUACUGGGAGGCGUCUGGUCACGCCGUCCCCUACGCACACUUCAACCUCGUGGACCGCGGCCCCAUAAACUACUACAAACCCGAGAUAUUCGGCGACAAUCCCCGGGAAUGGCACACGCUGGAACUCCUCAAGAAGUCCGAAGUGCUGUGGGGAGCGCCCGAAAUCCCACUCGGGCCGCCUCCUCCAAAUGAUCCAGACUGGUGGACAGUCAACGAUGAGCGUCUUCCAGAAGUCCCCAUUGAAUACCAGCUAGGCCGCAUUGUUGAGGCGGAUUAUCCGGUCAAGAUCCCCUCGCCGGCGCGCUUCGCCGAGUCGCUGACCCUCUUGUACAUGCGGGACAAUUUCCCGGAAAUGACUUGCAGAGGGCAGUCCUGGGAUUUUCUACAGCUGGACAUGCUGGAAGUGCUGGAAAAGCACCGCCUCUUCGAACUGAAGGACCUUCCGCCUCGUACUCGAAGCUGGUUUACAAUUCUGACGACCGAUCACUUUGACGAAUAUGAGGAUAUCGCGGAGUCGUUCGCGGCGGAGAUGAGGGAGACGGGCGAGGUGCCUGCAAGUAGUCCCUGGCCGUCGAAAGCUUUCUUGCCUCCUGGAUGGCAUGAAGAGCUUAAACAGUGGGAGGAGGAGAAAGAGCAGAUGAGGAAGAAGAAGAAGGAGGAGGAGGAGGAGGAGGAGCAGAUGCGGAAGAAAGAAGAAGAGGUGAAAGAGGAGCAGAAUGCGUGA